UUACUAUGGCAAUUAAAACAAGGAUGUUUUACGGUGAUGAACGGAAAUAGCAUGAUACUGAACAAAGUUUCUCCUGGGAUACUUUAUCAAAAUAAUGAGCCAGACCUCUCUUACCGUCACUCAGGAUCCUUUUCCAGCUCAAUGAGUACUAGUGAUAGCAAUACACAGCUCAGUCAGUACAGUCAGAAGUCUUUAGACCUGUUCUCUCAACCACCAUUAAAUUUUGAAUCAAAUAAUAUUUUCACUGAUGGAGAGAGAAGAGAGCCGUUAGUCAUGACUGAUAAAACCCCGCAUUUAAAUUAUUCACAUCAGAACACAGCGGCUGGCAAUGGAGCUCGAAAAUUUUCAAAGUAUUACAUGAGAUAUAUUGCUGCUCAAGAAUCAAUGGAGAGAGAUGAAGGUACUAAAGACAAAGAUACGAGAUCAGUCUACCAAAAAUGGAAAGAUGAACGAAAAGAAGCAGAAGAGAGGAAUCUUGUCAUUGAUGAAGUUGUGAAAGUAACAGAAGAGUCUAAGAAACAAAUAAUUUCAACUGUGACUGAGUUAAAAGAAGCAUUAAAAUCUGACUUUCAGGAGCACAUCACAUUUUACCAAAAUACUUUUAGUGAGCAUACCAGAGAGCUAAAGGAGCUAGUUGCUUUGGCACAGAGCACUGGUCUCUCCACUAGACAGGACAUUGAUAAGAAUUUCAAUGAGCUCAGUUUAAAGAUACAGGGAAUUGAUGAGAAGUUAGAUGAGGUAUGUUCUCAGUGUUUGGCACACACUGAAAAGCUGGAUAAACUUGAGUGCAAGUUAGACGGUUUCUCUGAACAGAUAGUUUCACUUUUUGAUGUGCUAAGGAAGGAAUUUACAAGAGUAUCAGCCAGUCAAGAGGAGCAACUGAAAAGAAUGAUGGAGAGGCUUGCACAGUUAAAAGAAAGAUAUCCUGAGACAGACUUUGAAGCCUCAAAUAUUACUGAAUGUCAUCUAAAAGAUUCACAUUCUCAAGGCGAUACUCCUGUUGAUGGUAGUUUCACUAGUUGCAAUAAUGAUAAACUAGUUUCUCAUGAAAUUGACACAAGUUUGAUUGGUAAUCGCUCCUCGUCUGUUGACAUGUUAGCUCAAAGUUUUUUAACAGUUGGUCAGACAGAAAUAGAUCCUCAUCAGCAACAGACAUUCACUACAGAUCACACUAAAGAGGCUAGGGGGGAAGAAGAUACUCAGAGAGUCAGUUCUCUUCAUAGCAACUCUUUUUGCACAGUUGAGUCAUUUUCACCAAAGCACAAACGGACUAGUAGAAAGAGACAGCAAAAGCAACAGGGACGAACUAGCUGUAGUAUGAAUAACUCGAAGAAGCCUCUGACAAACAGUGACAAGGAGAAUAAGCUCACCCUUCACUCUCCUGCAUUAAAAUCUUUUCCAUCUAAAGGCAGUAACAGCAUGAAAGUAACGAAAGAGCUCCCAAAGCAUUUACAGACUGAAGACAAUGGCUUUCUAACAAGUUCUCCAUUGGAUCAACUCCCAUUGGCAUCCAAUAACUUGUCGUUUCAAAGAAGUGCUGAGAUUCGGAGAAGGCAAGCGUUCAUUGACAGGAUGGCUCCAGGUUCAGAAGAUAUAAUGAAAGACAUACAAUCAAAGGUUCGUAGAACGAACAAGAACUAAAAUAUGUACAUGUAUAUAUAUAUCACUAUAAUUCUAUAUACCAUUAUCCACCAUA